GCCGCUGCAGUUAAACAGAACAGAGCUCCGUUUGUGUUCUUUGAUAGGCGCUGUAUGGCCGGCAGAAGACCGAUUGUCAACCUCUUCUCCACACAAGCCCGCCUCAGGACAGUCCUGAUACACUGACCCACAGUGCUGCAAAGAAAACACAUCAUAAGUAUCCAGCUACAAUUUUUUGAAAUUUUUGAAAACGAGACCACGUUGAAGCAGAUAAUGUUAAAAGAGUUCACGUCACUGUUUCUCAAACAUACAUCCCCAAGUCGUCGUCACUUGACCCCCGAAUUGGUGUUGCGCCUCAUUACGCCCUCCUGUCCGCUGUGGUCGGCGCCUGUGGAAGACUCUCCCUUUACUGACCCCUUCUGGGGGUUCUACUGGCCAGGGGGUCAAGCUACUGCCAGGUACAUAAUGGACAACCCAGCCAUAGUGUCCGGGCGUCGUGUCUUGGACGUGGGCUGCGGUUGUGGAGCGGGCACCAUCGCAGCCUCCUCUGUGAGAGCAAAGCUGGCUGUAGCCAACGACAUCGAUCCUUACGCAGUAAUAGCUUCGAAAAUAAACGCAGAAAUGAACGAAAAUAAAAUUGAAACAGAUACAAACAAUUUUAUUGGAACCGGCUGUAGCGGUUUUGAUGUGAUUCUUAUCGGAGACAUGUUCUACGACGAGGAGUUCGGAAAAUUAUUGUUCACAUGGUUGACUACGUUAGCUAAACAGGACAAAUUGAUACUCAUAGGCGACCCUGGACGCCAUGGUCUAACAGAAAGCAGACGAAGCCAGAUGACUUUACUAGCAAAUUAUGUGUUACCUAAAGAGGCUCGUGAAGAGAAUCACGGAUACACGGAAACUUCAGUUUGGAGAUUAAAUAAAACUUGACAGUGUGAA